CGGGCACAUCACAUGACUCAACACGCACGCCUGAGGCUGCCUCCAGCAGUCCAGCCGCGUCUCCCGCUCUCGUCUUUUCUUUCGGCGACGAGCCGCAGACUAGGCAACCGCUGCCGCCCUAGGUCAGGUGCCCAGGUAUCCAUCGGACGACCCUUCCCCGUCGACAGCAAGCACCAGGUAUCGGCUGAAUCCAUAUGAAGGAACUGACAGUACAAUAAUUAUUUGUUUUCUCUGCAAACUAAUUGACCGGGAAUCGCUUGGUGUGGGCAAUAUCAAAUCAAACUGUGCACUUAUGGAGGCUUCAAUUCCAAGUUUUGAAAGCAUGUACAGCCAAUAUUAUGUGGCAUGAAAGAGAUGGAAACCAGUCAGACGGCCAACUUGGGGAUUCAUCAGGAGCUGGGACCAGAGAUCAGUCAAAAUCCCAUGGGAAAUCAUGUUAACCCAGAAAAGGAAACUAAUGAAAUUCCAGGAUCUGAGGUUAACCAAGAGCUUGUGGAAAUAUGCCAGGGCGCAGUGGUGGAAACUGAUACGAUCCAAGAAAAUCAAGCUGUUCCAGAGGCAGGCUUAGAGGUUAAUGAAGAGACUGUGGAAACAUGCCAGGAAACAGCUGCAGAAUCUGAUGUUAACCUAGAGAAGCAAACUUCUGAUCCAGGUGUUAUUUACCGCUGCAGAAAAUGCCGGAGAAUGCUUGCAACACAAGAAUUUGUUGUUACCCAUGAAGUAGGUGCAGGUGGCAAAAGCUUCAGAGCAGGCAAACGGUCUAAUGUGCAUGAGGAUGAUGAGAAACCAGAAUGUCCAUGCAUCUUCGUGGAGCCCAUGAAGUGGAUGCAAACUGUGGAAGAAGGAUAUGUUGCGAAAAAGCUCUUUUGCAUGGGAUGUAAAGCUCGUCUGGGACAGUUCAAUUGGGCUGGUAUGCAGUGCAGCUGCGGAGCCUGGGUGAUUCCAGCAUUUCAGCUGACCAAAAGUAAGAUCGACCAAUGCUCAAUGUAACACCAGUGCAAUUAGGCGAAGUUUUGACCCCCUUAGCAGUGUCGUUACAACAUAUAUAUGUGACUAGGAAACAGUAUCAUGUAGACAUGUAUAGGCACUGUGGUCAUUUGGUCUGCUGUUUAGUCUGCUGCUGCUGAUUGGCACGUGGGUUCCACCAAGCUGCAACAACUGAUACUAGGAAGCAUUAGGUGGGCUUUCAGUUUGCUGGUUUGUUUUGCCAUGCUACUUUAGAGCAACUCUAAUAGAUUAGCUAAAAAGGCUAGUCAAAUUUAUAGAUUUAGCUACUCUCUCAAAUCGUUUUUACAGAAAAAAGUGUAGGUUAAUCCAACAGCAUCGGUAAACCUAAUGGAGAUAAACCUAAUGGAGAGUGAAGCAGUCUAUCCAAAAACAAAAACAGAGAGCGAAGAUGUAGGGAUAGAGAGCUACUAAAUUUAAAGAGCCAUUUACAGAGUCUAUUGGAUACACUUUUCUUCUAAUAUUAGCUAAAUUUACCUUUAGAAAACCAUAUACCUAGUCUCUUGGAGUUGUGAGGUGAUCUAUUGUUCUAGUCUCUUGGAGUUGUGAGGUGAUCUAUUGUUCGGAGGGAGAUGGGUAUGAUAUGAUCAAUCUAAUGAGUGGGUCUAUUUCCUCGAGAUGGAUAAUGCAAUUCUGAUCUGCUGGUAAGUUGUUAUGAGGUUACCUUCCAUAAUGCUGGCCCGCUGUUGUAUGAAUUAUGAGCAUACGCAUGUUAUGCUGACGUCA